GGCAACAACUGGACUGUAAAUGGACAGGGGUUUGCAGAGGGAAGUGACGGAUCAGGAAAUGGUUUAGGAGAGAUGGGAGUAGGUGCAGUUUAAGAGGGUCUGUAUGGUGGUCUGUGUUAUGUCUAUGGCCGUACUAACAGAGGCUCAUGCGCCUCCACGCGCUAUUGGCUGAGGGGAAUUUCCGUCUGAUGCCGGAAAUGGACGUGGCAAGAUGACAAAGUCCUGAUGCGCUUCCUGUUUUAACUCUGGUCAAGUUAUCAACAGUCAGUUGGCUAUUAGAUCUCACUGAUUACCUGUAGUAACCGUGUUUCUGACUCUUCUCCUCCCUCUGUCUCUUUCUAAUGUCCCGAUAACGCUCUUUGGAGGCUCAGCAGGGGUGAUGCGGGUGUCUUGGCGCUGGUUUUUGGGGCUGAUUUGGGUCGGAGUGUCUGCGACUCGUGCUGGAUCUCCUGUGUUUUCUGAUGAGAUCCCCUUCAAAAUCAGAUGGCCCGGGGCAGACUUCACCCUGUCAACGUCAGGAGGCCUGUACAAAGAAGAUAACUAUGUUAUCAUGACAACUGCGGAAAAAGAAAAGUACAAAUGUUUAUUGCCAUCUUUGUCCAGCAACCAGGAGGAUGAUAUGAAGAAGUAUAGUGGGCCGAGUCCAGCUGAGCUGCUGGAGCCGUUAUUCAAACAGAGCAGCUGCUCCUACAGAAUCGAGUCAUACUGGACAUAUGAAGUGUGCCACGGGAAGCAUGUACGGCAGUACCAUGAAGACAAGGAGACGGGGCAGAAGAUCAACAUUCAGGAAUACUAUCUGGGUACCAAGAAUAAAAAAGAUAGUGCAGAAUCAGAAACAUCUAGCGACUCUGAAACAGAAGGAUCAACCACCAACACAGAGGUGCCAACAAAAAAUAUAGAGGGUCAGCUGACACCAUACUAUCCCGUAGAGAUGGGACAAGGGACUGAAUGCUCUCUGAGACAGAAUGAACCUCGCUUUACCACAGUGCUGUACGUCUGCCACCCGGAGGCAAAACAUGAGAUCCUCACAAUCGCUGAGGUCACCACCUGUCAGUAUGAGGUAGUGGUGCUCACACCCCUCCUCUGUCCUCACCCGAAAUACAGGUUCAAGUCCUCCCCGGUGAAUGACAUCUUUUGCCAGGCUCUGGGUGGCUCCCCUCUC